AAGUGCACCCCGCGUCCUGUCUCCGUCUGUCCCUCAUAAGGACACACGGCUCCUGGAGCUCCAUCAGGACCAGGUUCCAGCUCCACCAUGACCACGGUUCUUCUGGACCUAGUCCACGCCUGUUGUCCGGCCUACACCGGAUCGGUUCUGCCGGACUUUGAGCCGGACUCGCGUGUUUUCCUCCUGUGUGGGAGUCGGGACUCAAACAGCCACCUGGACCGGACCUGGUCAGGGACCUGGACCGGGACAGUCACGGUCCUGGGCUUUGAGUCCGUGGCGGAGUGUUUAUACCGGUUCAAACAGACGUUGGACGAGCUGGACCUGAGCUGCGUACGCGUCCUGACGUCCCCCGCGGGCCAUGACGUCAUACAGCUGUACCGGGACCAGCUCUUCACGGCCGUCUACACCUUCCACUACACAGUGACGUCACACCUCACCUGUCCGAGAGGCGCUGGCUCCUCCCACAGCGGGGCGUGUCUUCAGGACGUCCACGGGGACGUGUCCACGUUCCUGCAGCAACUUCCCGCGUGGACGGGAGAGGUCAGGGUGCUGAGGUCCACGCUGAUCCCAGACUGCUUCGGCCAUGGCUUCAGCACACGCACAGGGGGCGUGUCCUACAUCCCGAGUUUGUCCUCGUUGAAUCUGUUUAGUAGUUCCAGGAGGAGAGACCCCGUGGCUGUGGUUCAGGAAAACAGACGGCGACUGGCUCACCACGCCGGUUUCCACCCCCGGCCACUACGCAUGGUCAAGGUGAACCAUGCCAGUGACGUCUGGGUUAUGAGCAAAGCUGAGCCAGAGAGCUACGACUCCAUAGUGACCAAUCAGACGGGGGUCGUUAUCACAGCUCCGGGAGCGGACUGCAUGCCGCUCCUCUUUGCUGAUCCGGUGUCAAAGGUCAUUGGUGCCGCUCAUGCAGGCUGGAAAGGAACGCUGAUGGGUGUUGCUAUGGCAACAGUAGAUGCCAUGGUGAGAGAAUACGGUUGCCGGGUGAGCGACAUUUUGGUGGCAGUCGGGCCAUCAGUCGGAGCGUGUUGUUUCACGCUAGAGCAAGAAGAGGCGCUAAAGUUCAGCUGCAUCCACCCAGACUGUGUCCCUGAUCCACAAUCAGCCAAACCCCACGUCAACAUCCGCCUUGCUACCAGACUCCUCCUCCAGAGAGGCGGGGUUCAACCUGAGCACAUCCACGACGACACGGUGACAGACAGGUGCUGUGUGACACCGUGCACCUCGUGCCACCCCAAAGACUUCUUCUCCCACGUCAGAGACGGAACCAACUUUGGCACCCAACUGGGUUUUCUGUGGAUCAAAGAGAUGAACAGCAUUAAAGACAACAGACAAACUUCAGUCCAAGCUGGGAUUUAAACCAGUCCGGCUAAACUGGUUUUCACUGGUUGUCAAGAACCGGGCGACUAUAUCUGGAUUUUGAACCAUCUUGGUUUUGUAAAAAAAUAUAUAUUUUUACAUAAAAGCGUCCAACGUGUAAAUGCUCAAAACACACAGAAACAAACCACAUAAAUGUCACAUCUUAUAAAAUGAAUAUUUAUUUUGAAUUGACAGUUACAUCACCUGCAGUCUUUUUUGUUUUUUAAUGGUCUUCAUUUACAGCCAUCGUACAGGUUCAAACUUUCAGCAAACAGCCAAAAUGAACAAAACCCACGUAAUUUAAUGUAGAAAUAUUUGGACGGUGACGACGCCGUCAGUCACAGCACGUUAAGACGAGAGCGUCGUGUCAGUUUGGAGCUUAACUACAUCAGGGGGAUUCAAUCCAGCACAUACUGUGCACACUCCCUAAUUUAAAAUAAAAGGUUUUCACCCACUUCAGAGCGGUUUCGUGUCCCGUGUGGGUUUUGACCUCAUGAUUCGUUUCACUUGUCACCACAGAUUGUCUUUCCCCAAAAGACUCAGACCUUCGAAGGUCUUGGCAUCACCAAACACCUCUGUCCAGCGACCUGAAGACUCCAUCAGCUGGGUUCUUGGUCUUUGAGAUUGUGACCCCAGGAAAGAGUUCACAGAGUCAGGACAUCGCUGGACGCAGGCGUUUGGUGGCGCUGGAUGUUUGGCAGGAGAACGAAGGUCCAAGAGCUGAAAUAGUCAGUGGCGUGCCGAGUUUUAAGCCGGCGUGUUACAAAGCGAUGAGGGGCCAAACCUAGACAGGUGACCAUGAGAUUCAAACGGCGUUCUGAUCACAGCAGUCAAAUUUAUUGUCAAGAGCAGAAACCUGGGAUUCCACACGGCAGGAAGAACCUCAGAUUUAUAGAUGAACAGUGUCCAACCUCGUCCCAG